AUGGAUCACGAUGUCGGCACGCACGGUGUCGACGCACAUGCACAAAUCAGACCCAUAAAGCCACAGACACAGCCAGAGCCAGAGCCAGAGGCACAGGCACAGGCACAGGCACAGGCACAUGCACAGGCACCGGAGCCGUCAACACGAGCCCUAGGCCCCAUCGCUGCGGACGGGAAUGGAGCCCCUGACAUUGGCACUUCUGCCGCUGCACCCACACUGCCAGGCGAUGGCGAUACCGCGGAAAAGGGGCAAACCGUGUUCUCGCCGGCCUCGCCAUCCACGCCCUCCAGCCUCGACUCCAUUUCCAAUCCCCGUCACUCGCUCGACCAUGCCAACCCGCUCCACCACGACCAAGACAUCCUGUCCAGCCCCAGGCACGAGCUAGAGCUUAUUCCCGAAGACCGAUCCCUCGACGGCGUUGCUUCUCCUUCUGUCGCCAGCCUAGCCAACUCCUCCACCUCCCCGCUGCACAUCAACACCAACGCCACCACCCUAUCCUCCUCCCACUCCAAUCGAACCUCUGGUGCAUCCACCCCCGAGACAGGCAUCAUCCGGCCUGCAGUUCGACGCCCUGCACCCCACCCACUGCCGCCGCGCCCAUCCUCACGAUCUCCCGUGUUGUCCUCCUCUCCCAUCGAGCCGCCUCAGUCACCCGUCAUCCGCAGUGCCUCUACACACUCUGUUCUGCGUCACCCUGCCCCCGACAACGUGGUGAACGCCCGGUCUGGCUCCUACACCGGCAACAUUGCCGCCCUCGAGGCUACAGCCGAGCGCUUUUCCAUGACGAGCAGUAUAGAGGACGCCAUCAGGAACGCCCACGAAGAACUAAAGCGCAGUGACAGCCGUCGCUCGUCCAUCCUUGCUGCUAGUGUCAGGAGCGGCGGCGACUUUGGCAUCGACACCCCCCCGGGCAUCACUCCAGCGCCCUUGUUCGCGCGCCAGAGCUCCAUUGUCGGCCUGAACACCGAGGCGAGGCUCGGGGGUUAUUCUCCUGGCGGCUACAUCAUGAGUCCUACCCAGUCGCUCACCGGCCGCCUCAGGAGCGCAAGCAAGAGCAGCGGCGCAUUGUCGAGGGCUAACAGCACCAGGAGCAAGCCUGAGACCGUCGACGGCGAGGCUUUCCCCAACCUGUCCGCCUCGUCCAUGUCCAGGUCUGGCCAGGGCAAGGGAUCUGUGCGGAGUGUGCAUAGCAUACAAAGUGUCCACAGCGUCCAGAGCAAUCGCUCCGGACCUCUCUCCCUAGCAGAGAUCGCCGAGAUGGAGCCCCCGUCUGCUUUGACCAUGGACGCCAUGGACGAAGCUGAUCGGACCAUUGCCAACCUGCAGGACCUCGGAGACGACGAGGACGCGAUACUCGCAAGGGCCCACCAACACGUCGAACCAAACGCCACAGACAUAGAAAUCGCCGAGGAAAUGGCGAGGCGGGCUUCAAUGGACUUUGACAGGACGCCCAUGCUGGACCACUCUGCGGAUUCAUAUUGGGAUAACCACGAGGAGACAAAUUUCCAGCUUCGGAACCCCCAGGACCCCCCUUCAGCCCGCGUGCGAGACGAGUACCAACCCCCGGCUGAGCAACGACCUGACGGGACGGGCUCGCCUGACACAGAAGAUGAGGACAACGCCUUUGCUGAUUUUGACGGCAUGCACUGUGAUCCCGACACUGUGGCCGAGCAGUUCCCCGUCCAGCCAGAAGAUGCCCAGUACCCGCGAUCGCGCCAGAGGCAGUCACAGAUGCCAAGGGCACGACCGCAGUCAUACCUCGAUCCCGAGACAGGCCAACAGAUGCUUUACUACCCUGCGCGUGUUCCUGCCAUGCUUAACCUCCCCCCGAAACUUGGCAAGGGGGUCAAGUCCAAGCAGCGCAACAUGCGUCGAAGUCAGGUGCUCAGCCAGAUGCCACAGGCAGCUCGGGAGAGCAGAGCCUGGCUGCCUGACCCGCUGGAAGGCGAGGGCCAGAUAGAUUUGAUGGGGGAUGACUAUCCAGCCGGCUCGGUACACUCGAGCUCGCGAGAUCAAGGCGCCCGGGACCCGCUUGCGACAGCUGGAGAACCCGAGACUUCUUUCCCAGAACAGUCGGCAGAUGCAUCCGAGAUGCAGCCCCUACGGCGCCCCGGCAAGCUACGAGACCCUGACCACCGCAAAUCCCGCAUGAAUCUCUCCGAGCUUCCACCGCAGCUGCGUGCUAGUGUCUUUUUCGACCUGCCAGGCGAGACUCCCAAGAUAGAGGUCAAGGACGGCUCCGCCAUGAAGACGCUUGACAGCAUUCUCGACGCGGCAGCUUCGGCGCCAGUCAAUGCUUUCACCGACCAUGCCUUCGCUGGUCGUCUGGGCCCCGAGGUCUAUGGGCUUGGUAACAAGAAUAAUCGAAAGAGUAGAAUGAUGUUGACAGCUGAAGACGCUGGUGGAGACAACGAGGGCAAUAGCCACACGCUGUCAAAGAGCACGACUUCUCUAGCCGUGCCAGAGGCGGAGAAGCGGAAGUCCGUGUGGUCUCUACUGGCAGGGCGUAACAAAUCAAGGAGCAGCAGUAAUCUUCUCGCCGAGAGAGACGAAGAUGCCCGCUCAAGGCUGUCGGGCUCAGGUCGCGGCGACAGGGACUCGUCCCCCGACGCUGAUGAGCGUUCAGCCCUAGCGCCCGAUGAGCAAGCGGAAGGCUUUGGGUCCGAGGAGGAUGAACAAGUCUACACCGGCCCGCCCACGACUCUUUUGGCAGAGUUACAGCUGCGCAAACAGCAACAUAAGAACCGCACCCGCAACCCGAUGCACAGUACCAACGGCCUCCACAGCACACUCUUGGAGCUUGAUGCAGUGGCGCAGAUUGAGGCACGGGCUCGAAAGAACAAGAAGGUCAACCUUGCGUGGGCAGCCAAUCCGGACGAGCCGGAGGAGUCGGACGACGAGGAUGUGCCUCUCGGCCUCCUGGCAGCUAAAAAGCAGAUAGGGCCCAACGCGACGGACCGUGACCUGGCCGUUGCUGCACAGGAGAUCAGCAGGCCCUUGGGGCUGAUGGAGAAGCGCGACCUGGAGGACAACGAGCCGUUGUCCCGCAGACGUGAUAGACUGCAAGGCAGGGAGGUCGCCCCCAGCAUGUACCUCCAGCCAGGCGCGAACGGGACCAGGAUGACGCUGAUGCCCGGGACCAACAGCCCGCGCCUCUUGCUUCCUGUCAGCCCCGGCGCGUCUGGACCUCACUCUCGGAGUGGAAGUAUGGCAAGUCAGGGACGGGUGGAAGAGGAAAUAGAGGGCGAGACUCUCGGGCAACGCUUGAAGAGACUUCGCGCCAAGGAAGACGGUGACAACCCCUUGCCAAGCGCUAGGCCGGUCAGCACGGCCUUCUCCACCGAGCUGCUCGGCGAGCUGGGGAUAGACGAGGAGGGGGGUGAGAAGAAGAAGAACAGCGCGCAGGCUGUAGACAAGGGAAAGGGCAAGGAAAUCGAAGCACCUCCAGCCGAGGAGGAAGAGACGCUGGGCCAGCGCCGACGCCGUCUGCAAGCCGAGCGCGAGGCUCGCGAAAGGGAGAUGGGCAUACGGGUUGUGUCGGGCGGCAGCCAGAGGGAGGGAGUCUCCAGCCGUCUUGACUUGGCAGAUGUGCUCCGCGUGAAUCCGGUGGAAGGACCGCAAGGCAGGAUAGACCCCCGGGAGGCCGAACGCAUUCAGAAGGAGCACGAGGCCUCGCGAGCAGCGCGCGAGCAGUCGGCAAAGAUGGCCGCGUUCCGGGCCCAGGUCCCGCAGAGGCAGCGCGAUCCGAGCGGCGGCAUCGUGAAGGCAGGUGGCUACCAGGGCGGGAGAUUCAACGACAGCACCGGUGGCCACGGGCUAGUCGGGGUCCUUGGACAGCCUCAAGGGCACAACCUUCGAGCGAGCAUGAGCAUGGGCCAGCUGGGACAAGGCGGACAGGCCGCGAUGACGAACGGCAUGGGCGGCAUGCGCAUGGGGACGCAGCACAAUGCGACAAACCUGAUAGGGGCUGCUGGCAACUACGGCAACCCAAAUGUCGGGCCGGAUGGUAUGAACCCAGUCUUCUCAAAGGGCAACACAUUUGGGCGAGGGUACAAUGGUGGUCUGCUGCAGCAGCCACAGUACCAAGAGCCCACACCGUUCGUUAACGGUAGCUUGCUCGCAUCGGGAGGGUACGGUGCAUUUGGGGGAGGGAUCGGGGCUGCAGGAGGUUAUGCGCAUAACCAAACGGCGUACGGGGCCGGAGUGGGCUUUGCUGGAGGCCUGCACGGUGGCUACGGGAUGCAGGCGGGCACACCACUGAGCAUGGGGGUGAACACGCAGGGCCAUUCCGACCGUGUCGAGAGUUGGAGACAGGGCAUCAGAUAG